CAUUUCUAACCAAAUUGUUUAUCUAAUUUAAUUAUUUUACUUUUCUCUUGUCAAUGUAUUUAAUUGUAAUUCGUUAAUUGUAAAAAGCUACCUUGGUAUAUUCUUCUUCAGUGUUUUCUCCAUUACCUUUCACCGCAAGUUAAUUUUGGUUAAUCGUUUGAUUGUCUUGGUUUACAUUUUGUUUUCUAUUUUUUUCCUUCUUUUCUUUUCCAUGUUUCUUUUCAUAUCCACAUAGACCUUUGAGUAUUUUUCUUGUUUAAUCUUCUUCCAUUUGUCUUUAUUUUAUCGGUAUCUUUUCUAUUUUUCUUUCUCUUCUGCUUUGUUUAUUUGAUUAGCUUUGUCUUUUUUUUCUAUUCUCUUCUUUUCCUUCUCUUUUUGUAUGUUCAAUUCGCCUAGUUGUGUAUGUUCAUUGUCCACCUUCAAGUGAAACUGCAACAACAACAAUAAGAGUCACAAUUGUUCCUCUUUUUUUCUCAAUAUUUAUCAUCUUUUAUUAUUUUCUAAUAUCAUGAGCUCCAUUUUAGAUGCUUAUAAUUCUCUGAAAUCAGAGUUUAAUAAAGUGAGCAAAGAUUUACAAUCAGUUGAUGAUAAUUUGAAAAAAUUGACUGGCGGUCAAUCAAGUUCAAAAAGAAAUUUAAAAAGAACUGCCCUUGAAAGUGAUGGAAACUCUUACAUCGAUAGUAAUUCCGAGGAACCAGCGAAGAGAAAUAAAUUCAUCAGCAAAGCCUUCAGCAGAGUCCAUGGACCUAACUGGCAACCUAAAGAUCCUGCUGGAGACAAUGAUGAUAAAGAAGAUCUACACCAUCGCCCUGUAUUGUUAUCUCAAGUUGUUUCAGCUGUAAAAGAAACUAAAUCACGAAAUGAAGCACUGGAGGAACAGCCACCAGAUGAGAAAAGUAAAGCUCGAAAUAGACGAAUGUUCGGUAUAAUUCUAGGAACUCUACAAAAAUUCCAAUCAGAAGAGUCUCAGAGGAAACAAACGACUGCGAGGAGAGCUCAAAUCGAAGAGAAAUUGGAUCGACAGGCUGAAAAAGAAAGGGAUGUCAUAAGAAAGGAGAAAAAAGAACUUUACAAAAAGAAGAGAGAAAGUCAAGCUCAUCUAAGACGAAUCGAACUUAAAAUGGAACGAGUUCAAGUUCAUCAAGAUUGGGAAAAAUCACACAAAACGUUGAUUAAUUUCAUUCAAACUAAAACUAAGCCUCAUUUGUUUUACAUGCCUAAAGAACAUACUGAUGAAAGCGAGAAAAGAUGGAAACAAACCAAAGAUAAAUAUCGACUCAUACUCGCUGAGAAACGUGCCAAAGUACAAAAGGAAUUAUCUGAAAUCGAUGAAAUGUACAAGAAAGAAACUGAAUUGGAUGACGAAAUGAUGGAUGAUCGUGAUGAUGACAACAAUAAAUCAAUGGAAAUGGAUUCACAUGAGAAUACAAAUUGCGAGGCAAUAAGACCAAUGGAGGAUACGAUAGAUCAAGUGAAAGUUUGUAAUCGUAGGGAUGAAGUUACUGAUAGGAUAGAUAAUGAGAAAGAUGAAACUAACAUUGAUUUAGAAAUUAGUCAAAAAAAUAGUAACAAAAUUAACAAGUACAAUAAGAAAAAAAUUAAUGAUGAUGAUGAGAUUAAAAAUAGUAAUGAAAAUGUUAAACUUACUAAGGAUAACGAUGAUAAUAAUAGAAUUGAUAAUGAAAGUGAAAAAAGUAAUCGAACCAAAAGUGACAGUAGUAAUAAUAAUCAUACCAACAAUAAUAAUAACGGUAAUAAUAAUAAUGAUAAAACUGAGACUAAUGUUGACAAUAAGACGGAUAAUCAACAAAAUGAUGCAGAUAAAUCAUCAUCUGAACAACUUGCCGAAAAGGAGUUCGAGCCAAUCUAUGAUGAUGAUGAAUAAAUCACCAAGCGAAGAAACAAUUUAUUUACUUACCAUCAAACUCUUUUUUUUUAUUACAG